AUGUCCGGCUACAGAGGCCGCGACGACGACCGCAGGGAUUCCUACGACAGGAGAGAUUACUACAGCUCCGAUCGCGAUCGUCACGCCGCGCCCGGAUCGCGCGAUCCGCCGCACGACCGCGACCGGCGCGACGCGUACGCGCCGCCGGGGGGCGAUCGCGACCGGCACCACCCGUACGAUCGCGACUCGCGAGAUCGCCGCGACGAUCGCGGGCGCGACUACGGCCGCGGGCCGCCGCCGCCGAGCCGCGGGUACGACGAUCGAGACUCGCGCGACCGCGGACGCGACGAUAGACGCGACGCGCGCGGCGGCGGAUCCGGAGGCGGAGGUGGAGGGCGCGAUUAUUACGACGCGUACGACUCUCGUACUACUGACCCGUACUACUCCUCGCGCGGGCCGCCGCCGCCGUCGCGCGGGCCGCCGCCGCCGUCCGCCGGCGACGGGUACCGCGGCUACGACGAUCGCGCGCCGCCGCCGCGCGAAAACGAUCGCCGCGCCCACCCGCCGGGGCCCCCGCAACGCGGGCCGCCGCCGAAUCGCGGAAACAACGGCGACGACCGCGGCUCGGAGGACUUCUUCAUGGAAGUCCCCGCGGAGGUCGCGAAGAUGAUCGUCGGCGCGGGCGGGAAGGCGAUCCAGGCGCUGCAAGAUCGCACCGGCGCGCUCGUCAACAUCGACCGUCUCGAACGCGGCGCGGUGGACAACGGGUACCGUAAGGUGGCGGUGACGGGCCCGUCGCGGUGCGUGGACGCCGCCGCGGAUGAGAUUCGCAAGGCGGUGAACCAGUGGGAGAUGAACCGUCAGGAACGAUUAAGCGGCGGCGGCGAUAGAGGCGGCGGUCGCGACGGUCGAGAUCGCUACGGAGAUCGCGACCGUUACGAUGACCGUUACGGCCGCGGCGGCGGCGACCGCGACCGCGACCGCGGGUGGGACGACCGCGACCGCAGGGGAAGCGGCGGCGGCAGACCGGGCGAACGCGAAGAGAUCGUCGACGAUACCAUCGACUGCCCCAUCGACUGCCGCGGCCUCGUCAUCGGCAAAGGCGGCGCGCGCGUGAAGCGCAUCGAGGAAGACACCGGGUGCAGGGUCGAGUCCAAGAAGGAGCUGAGUUACCUCAACCUGAGAGGGACGCGUCGAGCGAUUCGCAUGGCCAAGGAACACAUCGCGUCGUUGCUACGCGUCACCGAGCUGCCGCCGAUGCCGCCGGCGCCGCCCGAGGGCGCGCCGUGCGCCGCGGAGGUCCCGGUCGCGAUGGACGUCAUCGGCAAGGUCAUGGGGUACGUCGGCGCGAACAUCAAGAAGAUUCAGUGCCUCUCCGGGUGCUACAUGAACUGGGACCGCGCCGGCGGCGUCAUGCGUCUCUUCGGCGAACCCGACGUCGUGGCGCGAGGGAAGAGCAUGCUUCUCGACGCCAUCGAGGCGGCGCCGGAGGGCCGCGGCGGCGGCGGCGGCGGCGCCGACGACCGCGGAGGCGAGCCCGCGAACGCCAACAACGCGUCCGGAGAGCCGCGGGAUGCGAGCGCGGAGGUUCCCGUGCGAGGCCAAGCCGGAUUCUUGAUCGGACGCGCCGGGGAGACGGUGCGACGCAUGGAGGCGGACACGGGCGCGUCGUUGCACUUGGACAACCACUCGCAGAUCAUGCAGAUCACGGGGACGCGGGACGAGGUCGAGAGGGGGAGAAGGGCGGUGGAGGAUUGCAUCGAGCGGGGGAUACGCGCGCAGGAAGAAGCGCGCUCGCGAGGGCCGGCGUGA